GUUCGUUCGUCGCUUCUGGAGCUCACCGAACGAGCAAGGGAGCUCUCUCACGGCUCAUCGAUUCCAAGCUCAUCGACGGAAGCUCUUUCACAUUCUCCUAGAAAGAAAUCAACCAGUUGAAUUGGCGCAAGCCAGAUACAUCAAUCAAACAAACACCUACCUAAUUCUCCAAGUCACACAUCAUAUCUCCAAUGUCAGACCCAACAUCACCCUCCGCCUCCGCCCACCUCGAAGAGACCCUAGGCCGUCUCUCCAAAAAGCCCGGCGUAAAGGGCGCCAUUGUCCUUGACCGCGCUUCCGGCGCCAUCCUCAAAACCAGCGGCCAAAUCUCUUCAAUUCGAAAAGCCAAGCCCCAACCACAGCAACCAGAACAGUCCGAGCAGCAAUUGAUUACGGACCAGCAAGGCCCACUGUCACCUUCAUUUCCUCCUGGCACCGCUACUGAUACGACUACUACCGAUCCGGCUCCGGCUCCCGGCACGGCGGUGACUACGACAGGGGAGGAGGCAGUUGCUGCACCGGCAACAGUAUCUACGGGGACGGGCACGGAUGGGGAGGUACCGGGCGCUGGGGCAGGUGCGGCGGGCACGGGCGCGGGGAACGCAAGCAGCGGCAGCAGCGGCAGUGCAGUGAGUGCCUAUGAUCAGAACGUGGUAGAGCUCGCGGCGAUGGUGUGGAGUUUUGUGUCGAAUGCGGGCGAGUUUGUGCAAGACUUGGAUGAGGAGGAUGAACUCAAACUCCUAAGACUACGGACGAAAAAGCAGGAAUUGGUAAUCGUGCCCGAUGCGAAAUACCUGCUAGUCGUUUUUCACGAUACCCCUCCAGCAUGAUUCACAAAACAUAUCGAGUGCUAUCCAAAAAGGGAUGGCGCAACGCUGCAAGUGCUGAGGCCUGACGUCGUCCCUGAGCUCAAUCUGGUGAUGAUGCAGUCAGUGGUGAUGGUGGUGGUGGUGGUGGUGAUGGUAGCGGUGAUGAGCCACGCCAAGGAUAGGAAUGGGAUGGUAGGAUGGAUCAGUUCGGUUUCAUUAAUCUGAUACUUCGAACCUUGAUGCGUUCCAUCGAAAGGAAGGAUACGUCGCUCCCUCUCAUGAAGCACGGCACGGCACGACCGGGCGACAGUUUCCCGAUCGAGACGACAUAAGGCAAAUGUUACAGUUCCCAUCCGUCCCUUUUUGACGGGAACGCGUGCGCGGAUUGUUUCGACAUGGGUAGUCAGUCGCAUGAAUGGCAUGGGGCAUAUAAGGCUCUGGUAGAUCUGUUCCCUAUGGCAGAGAGGACUGUUACCAUUGGGUGCUCGUCAAGGUUGAAAAGAGAGAGAAGUAGGGGGGGAGAGGAGGGCUGGAUGAUGAUGAUGAUUGACGAUUGGGCAGAUGGAUGGCGCGAAUCCGAAUCCUGAACAAACGAACUGGUUUUGACAUGAUUUGAUACCCUCCUCCGCCUUUCCCCCUUUUUCCGCCGAUGAGAUUACAUUGUUCUUCAAAGGCGGCUGAUAAAGUUGGUUGAGUUGCACAACAACGACGAGCGGCGGCAAGUCGCAGUUUGAUCAUUUUCUGCGCAGCAAUUUACACGCCGAAACCGCUUUUAAUACCCAUCCAUUGACCCUAAUCAUGAAACGCUCGUUCCAUUCACCCCUUG